GGCCCCGGGGGGCGGGGCCUGGGCCGGCGGCCCUGACUGGGCGGUGAGGGGGCGUCGGAGCGUCGAGGCGGCCGCGGGCGGCCGCGGGUUCGGGAGGCCUUCCCUGCUCCCCCCGCCCGGCUCUCGCGAGGGCUCCCGCCUGAGUGUGGAGUCGGAAGCCAGUUUCCAGACGGCUUUGCCUGCGUCAUGGUUCUCCGCGUUGGCUGCCCGUGAGGAGCGCCUGGCCAGCCCUCCCUCCCUCCCCGCCGCUGGCCGCGGACCUGGCCGCCGGCGAUCGGGGUCUGCUUGGGGAGGGUGAGCAGCUCCCUGCAGCCGAGGUGGAGGAGGACUGUCCUGGAUGCACUCAGCCCCCCUCAGCUUGCCCAGCUUGGCGUGCGUCUGCCAUCUUGGGGGUUUGGGAAGACACUUUCCUGUGGCCUCGAGAUGUAGCGGUUUGCGAUUCUCGGGAUUUGAAGAUGGCUGCACAGUCAGCGCCGAAAGUUGUGCUAAAAAGCACCACCAAGAUGUCUCUAAAUGAGCGCUUUACUAAUAUGCUGAAGAACAAACAGCCGAUGCCAGUGAAUAUUCGGGCUUCGAUGCAGCAACAACAGCAGCUAGCCAGUGCCAGAAACAGAAGACUGGCCCAGCAGAUGGAGAAUAGACCCUCUGUCCAGGCAGCAUUAAAACUUAAGCAGACUUUAUAUGCGAGUCCGGAGAGUGGCUGUGGAAGGAUAUGUCCAAGCUGUGGCUGGGCGUCUGGAGGGCGAUGCCAUGCAACUAAGAGCUUAAAGCAGCGCCUGGGUAAGAGUAACAUCCAGGCACGGUUAGGCCGACCCAUAGGGACCCUGGCCAGGGGAGCAAUCGGAGGACGAGGCCUGCCCAUAAUCCAGAGAGGCUUGCCCAGAGGAGGACUACGAGGGGGACGUGCCACCAGAACCCUGCUUAGGGGCGGGAUGUCGCUCCGAGGUCAAAACCUGCUCCGAGGUGGACGAGCCGUAGCUCCCCGAAUGGGCUUAAGAAGAGGUGGUGUUCGAGGUCGUGGAGGUCCUGGGAGAGGGGGCCUAGGGCGUGGAGCUAUGGGUCGUGGCGGAAUCGGUGGUAGAGGUCGGGGUAUGAUAGGUCGGGGAAGAGGGGGCUUUGGAGGCCGAGGCCGAGGCCGUGGACGAGGGAGAGGUGCCCUCACUCGCCCUGUGCUGACCAAGGAGCAGCUGGACAACCAGUUGGAUGCGUACAUGUCAAAAACAAAAGGACACCUGGAUGCCGAGUUGGAUGCUUAUAUGGCACAAACAGAUCCAGAAACCAAUGAUUGAAACCUGCCCACCCUCCUGUGAGAGACUCUUGUUCUAAAGUCACCACAUCUGUAAAUAACCUUGAAAUAACAGAUGGAGAAGACACCUGAUUGAUGCUGGAAGGACCUAUCACAAUAGGCUAUGGACUUAACUUGCCACCAGUUUGUGCAUUUUAGUGUGUUCCUUUUACUUUUUUGAUACUGUGUUGUAUGAAACCCUCUUUUCCUCUGACUUGGAUUUUGUUUGGUUGUGUUUGGGUUGUUCCUCAACCCACAUCGCUCUGGCUUCUCUUUCAACAUGAAUGUGGUGGCCUUGUGGCUAGAACACUCUCUUCCUCCUUUGCCUCCCUUCACCUGUCCCUAUGCUCUGACGUUCUAACAUUUCAUCUCUGUGUUCCCAUGAAAAAGGCCUAGUAAGAGCCCAUCAGUGUUCCUUCUUAAUGCCUAGGUUUCUGUGAAACAAUUCUGUUCUACAUUUAAUAGCCUCUUAAAAGUGUUGAGCUCAACAAAUUUGGAGCUCAAAAAUGCAUUCUGCUACAUUGAUAUUUUUAGCGUAGUUAAUUAGGAACACGGACAUAGCUGCAGGGCCACAUAGGUUACACAUGGUAGUGCCUCUGAUUUGAUUGAAGUUACUUCUGUGGGCAUUGACACCAUAUAAGGAGUGUGCUGGGUCGCGUGUGUGCACUUUCUACCCUGGAAUUAGAUGUAUAAACUUUCCUCUUUGUAUCCUGUCCAAAGAGAUACUUUUGGGUUCGCUUACACCUGCAAUGGAGAGGAAAUAGCCAUUUGAUUUGGCACAUGCUUCAGAAAAAGGGAUGGAAUGCUGGCAGAUCCCUUCUGGGAGGCCUCAGAAGGUACCCACGCUGAAAGGCUGUUAUCCUUAUGUUUAUCCCAAACCAAUCUUGGGCUUCUCCGUUCAGUGGCUUUGUUUGACCCUCUUUUUUAUUUCCCUUGAAGGUUUAAUUAAGUUCAACUAUAUUCUGUCAACUGUUCCAGUUCUCCGUGGAAUCUUGUAUUUCUGGUUCGUCAUAACAAGAAAUUGUUCUCAAAUCUAGCCAGGCCUACUACUAUUAUUGGACUCUUUGAAAUGCUGUGGCCAGUAUAACAAUAUUCUGACCUGCC